AUGCCAUCGUUUCAGGGUCAGGUUUCCAAGCACAUAUUGUCCACCAUUUCUAACCCUCUUCGCCAAUCAACGAGCUUGUCGAUGAAGCUACGUCGUUUUAGCACCACCGCCGAUCGUGGCGGUGAAAUGGAAGCACCACUGGAGCAACAGCCGCCGGAGCCCAUACCCAAUAGGCCCUUGAGAGGCCAAAGACCAUCAAAUCCUCGAACUUCCAAUCUUCAGUUUCUCAACAAAAACUCGCCCAUUUCAGAGAAAAGGAGAGAGAGGCCUUCUUCUCCGCCAUUGCAGGACAGCAGCUUUCUCGAAAAGCUGAAGAUGGGUCUCGACAAGUCGAAGAGGGAGGAGCCUCAGGAAGUUCCCGAGCCGCCACAGCCGCCCGAAGAAGCGGACCAGAUAUUCAAGAAGAUGAAGGAGACUGGUCUCAUUCCCAAUGCCGUGGCAAUGCUUGACGGGCUCUGCAAAGAUGGGCUGGUCCAGGAGGCUAUGAAGCUUUUCGGGUCGAUGCGUGAAAAGGGCACGAUUCCUGAGGUUGUUAUAUACACUGCGGUGGUUGAUGGGUUUUGCAAAGCACAGAAACUUGAAGAUGCUAAGAGAAUUUUCAGGAAGAUGCAGAGCAAUGGGAUUGUUCCCAAUGCUUUUAGUUACACUGUGUUGAUACAGGGGUUGUAUCGGGCUAAUAUGUUGGAGGAUGCUGUUGAAUUUUGUAGCGAAAUGUUGGAAGCCGGUCACUCGCCCAAUGUAACUACUUUUGUGGGGCUGAUUGAUAUGGUUUGUAAGGAGAAGGAUAUGGAAGAAGCUGAGAGUGUUAUUGGGAAGUUGAAGCAGAAGGGGUAUUUGGUUAAUGAGAAGGCUGUUAAAGAGUUUUUGGACAAAAAGGCACCAUUUUCGCCGAGGGUUUGGGAAGCUAUCUUUGGGAAGAAUAAAUCGCAAAGAGUGUUUUGAGUUCCCUUGGUUAUCAGAAGUAUAAGAAAUUGUAAGUUUUGCUGUUCUGCUGUUGAUCAUUUUAGAUUGAGUUUCAUUGGCUUUGUUAAAAGCGUGUUGCCUCACUGUAUGAGUGGCGGCAUGAGAAGAACAUAAAUGUCACCCUUGGAAAUUACUCUGUUAAUAAUGGUCACGAUUGCUUGUGCUU